UUAGCUUUCAAUUUUAUUAUCCCAUUAUUCGCUUCUUCACGUCUCCAUUGUUUUUACGUUCUUUUUCUUCUUUUCGUUGUUGAAUAAAAAGUCAUGCCGAACAGACGACUGCUUUUCAUAACAGCAGCACUCUGUUGGUGCGUUGGCGUAUUCUAUUUCCUCUUUUCACCACGAUGGUGGCCUUCGUCGAAUAGCCAAGACAAUACACUACUGGUGCAUAACGAUGACAAUAAUACUGAUCGCGACACUGUGCAAAACGCAGACGUUGUUCAUACUGGGCCAUUUGCUUAUGUCACGUUUCUAUGUGACGAUAUUAUGUCACAGGCGACGCAAGUGCUGGUCCACUCGCUCGUUGUGAAUGCUAAAACGAAACACGACAUCGUUGUUCUCGUGCUUCCACCGGUAUCACAGACCGUACGGGAGCAGCUGGAAUCUCUUGGUGCUCGGAUAGUGGAAAUAGAAGAGAUCAAAUAUCCUUGGAAGUCCACUGCAUCGGUCGUAAAGGAGGGCUACAACAAGGCAUGUCGAUACUCAAAACUUUAUUUAUGGAACCUCACCGAAUACCGAAAGAUUGUCUACCUAGACGCAGACACGCUUGUUGUACAACCGAUCGACGAACUGUUCCUGCAACCUCAGUUCAGUGCAGCCAUGGACGCCGGCGGUGUCGUGAAUACGGGCGUAUUUGUCGCUGAACCAUCAAGCGAAACGUUUCGAGAUAUCAUGACUAUCUACGAUAAAUCACCUAGUUACAACCAUGGCGACCAAGGAUUCCUCAAUUGGUAUUUUAACCAAUCAUCAUCUGUCCAUGUACUACCGGGACAAUACAAUCUCAUGAUCAAGUUCAUGCAUUUAUCGAACUUGGUAUCUAGCCAUGUUUACAGAAACACUGUCAGAAUAGUCCACUUUACCAGCGAAAUCAAGCCCUGGAAUUUCUAUUACAUACACAACCGUGAAUGGCGUGAUAAUUACGACACUUUCCUCUUUGAUCAAUGGGUCAAGACCGCUCGGAAUAUGCGAUCGAGGCCGACACAAGCCAAUAUAUUUCCCGCAAGCGAGCCCGAGAUCGUGCCUAGAUCAUGUCUUGCACAAUUGAAGAGCAAUUAUCUUAGACGCUAUCCAGUCAAAAAUAAGUUUACAAUUAUGCUCUCAUCGUCCAUUCAGAUGGACAAUGCGACAUGGAAGGAAUACAUUGAUAGCCUAUUAGUGUUGCUGAGCAGUACCAAGGAUAAUACAAGGGAAAGCAUGGUAGAAAAGGUUUUUGUGAUGGCAAAGGAUCGAGGUGGAAGCAAUAUGCCGGAACGGAUAUCGGGCAUUCCAAUCGAAUGGCUCUCAUCUUCAGAAAAUGUGUUUAGUCUCGUUCAUCGGAUAGACACACAAGCGACUCUUUUACUCGAUGACAAAAUCAUUUCUGCUGUCAGAGAUCUAGAAUUUGCAUUUGCAGUAUGGCAGAACCAUCCAGACGCUCUUGUCGGAUUUGACGCAUCUGUUCACCGAAAAAGUGGCAGUAUCCAUCCCAGAACCACCGACGGCCGAUACAGUAUGAUCCACUCCACAGCCAUGUUUAUCAAAUCUGAUUUGCUCUACGCCUUCUCUUGUUUGCUUCCUGAUGAAAUUUACGCCUAUCUCUAUGCACAUCCUCAGUGCUCUGACACUGCGCUCAAUAUGUUUUUCACUGGUACUAUUAACGCUCAGCCAAUAUUGGUUUCGCCAUCCAGUCCCUUUUACAUACUCGACGCAGGCCAACCACAUCCUGAUCCAUCCAUGUGCAUACCCGAUUUGAAGCAAAUUAUGAACGGUCGACUACUGUAUAACGACGCUAUCGUCACGCGCACACUACAACCCAACAAAAUCCAACAUAGCAAGCCAAGCAUGUGGCGAUCCUUGUUUGCCAUCAACAUGUAAAUAGUCCUCCCUUUUCGUUUUUUAUUAAUACUGUAGUUAUUUUUGAGCAACAGCAGCCUCCCGCACCAAAUCAUCUACCAUCAUCUUCACACGCUCGCUGAAUGUCAGAGCACCUUCUCCUUGACAUCCUUCUGUAUAAUUUCUUGCCAAUAAAAUCUCGCGUGUGAUAGUAGAC